AUGGGCCAGGAGGCGGGAGGUCACCUUGAAGCAAGUGGCUGUCACAACAAGGCCCUAACAGUCACAACAAGGCCCUCACAGUCACAACAAGGUCCUCAAAGUCACAACAAGGCCCUAACAGUCACAACAAGGCCCUCACAGUCACAACAAGGUUCUCACAGUCACAACAAGGUCCUCAAAGUCACAACAAGGUCCCUCACAGUUACAACAAGGCCCCUCACAGUCACAACAAGGCCCUCACAGUCACAACAAGGUUCUCAGUCACAACAAGGUUCUCACAGUCACAACAAGGUUCUCACAGUCACAACAAGGCCCUCACAGUCACAACAAGGCCCUCACAGUCACAACAAGGCCCUAACAGUCACAACAAGGCCCUCACAGUCACAACAAGGUUCUCAGUCACAACAAGGCCCUAACAGUCACAACAAGGCCCUCACAGUCACAACAAGGUCCUCAAAGUCACAACAAGGCCCUAACAGUCACAACAAGGCCCUCACAGUCACAACAAGGUCCCUCACAGUCACAACAAGGUCCUCAAAGUCACAACAAGGUCCCUCACAGUCACAACAAGGCCCUCACAGUCACAACAAGGCCCUCACAGUCACAACAAGGUUCUCAGUCACAACAAGGCCCUCACAGUCACAACAAGGCCCCUCACAGUCACAACAAGGUUCUCACAGUCACAACAAAGUUCUCACAGUCACAACAAGGUUCUCAGUCACAACAAGGCCCUCACAGUCACAACAAGGCCCCUCACAGUCACAACAAGGUUCUCACAGUCACAACAAGGUUCUCACAGUCACAACAAGGUUCUCACAGUCACAACAAGGUCCCUCACAGUCACAACAAGGUCCUCAAAGUCACAACAAGGUCCCUCACAGUCACAACAAGGCCCUCACAGUCACAACAAGGCCCUCACAGUCACAACAAGGUUCUCAGUCACAACAAGGCCCUCACAGUCACAACAAGGCCCCUCACAGUCACAACAAGGUUCUCACAGUCACAACAAGGUUCUCACAGUCACAACAAGGUUCUCAGUCACAACAAGGCCCUCACAGUCACAACAAGGCCCCUCACAGUCACAACAAGGUUCUCACAGUCACAACAAGGUUCUCACAGUCACAACAAGGUUCUCACAGUCACAACAAGGUUCUCACAGUCACAACAAGGAUUGUUUAA